UACCGCGACCCCACCGAUUCUCCUCCACGUUCCCUACUCGAGCACUCAGCAUGCAAGUGCUUGAGCCGGCACGUGUCUUUCUCUUCCUUGCCCUCUUCCUUCCUGUUCUGUGAUACCCCUGCAUACUCGACUUGAACCGAGACAGCGCGUCUUCACCUUGUCCUCCCCACCACCUUCUCUCUCUCUCCCUCUCUCCCAACCUUUGCGCGUUGCAUCUUUCAGCAUGGACCGAAAUCCCGUGCGGUCGUUCAGCGACGCCUAUCGCACUCCACGCGCUGUAUCCUCCCAUUCGUCCGACCAGCCACAAACUCCAAACCACCAACUACAAGGCUAUCCCUUUGUCACGACACCUUCCUCAACAAUGUCCGAGCCGAAGUCCGAAAAGCUGCGCCAGAUGUUGCGCGAACGCCGAGAAGGCAUCCCCGACCAGUCUGACGUCACUCAGUCAGCUCCCCAGGUCUCGUCCAUAGGAUUGGAUGACUACAUUUUCGAAUCGGAGGGGGAUGAUGACCAUCAGCGUCGCCGCCGCACCCGACUGACGCGAGCCAUGCGCAGCGCCAGCAUCCAACAGCGCGGUAACACACCAUCUAAGACACCCAAUGACCUUAGAAUGGGAUCAAAGGAUGUUCAAGCAGACAUGGACAAACUGCGCAAGGAGAACUGGGACUUCAAACUUCGCCUCUGCCUCAUGGAAGAGAAGAGCAGAAAACUGCAGGAAGGACUGGCUCAGGCAGAAGAUAGCUUAGCGGCCAUCCCCAAGCUCGAAGAGAAAAUUGACGCCCUCAAUGAUGAGAAUUCCAAGCUUCGAAAUGAGGUUGAGGAUCUUCAAACGGCAUCCAACCAAUACAAGCGCAACCUGAGAGCGGCGAAUGAGGUUAACGGCAAGCUGCUUGCCGAAGUGGAACAACGCGAAACCGCUGUCAAGGAUGCCAAUGAAGCUCUCCGAGAGGCGUUGGAUAUGAUCUUGGACCUAGAGAAAAAGGUCAAGCCUUUGGAAGAAGAGGUGGCAAGAUGCAAGUCCAAUGUCUAUCACGGCGGAUCCCAAGACUCCACAUACUUUAGCAACGAGCCUGACAAUGCAUCCAUUGCAAUGUUAUCCGACGAUCCCAGUAGACCGCCUACCUCCCACGUCACAGCGCACGCGGCUGAUGAGAGACUUCCCAUCCAACGUUCCAGGACUCGUUCCUCAUCCGAGUUUGCGAGCCCCAUUAGUCGUCACGUCAACAGGCUGUCUCGAACCAUCUCUGCUGAUGCUGAUCGUUUGAAUGUAUUACGCAAGAAAGUUUCGGUUCGGGACGACUCAUCCAGUAACAUGUUCUUUGACGGUAGUCCGGAGCAUCCGCUUCCGCCCAGGCCUCACCAACCCAUGCGCAUUGUCAGCAACCCAACGGUCAGCAAUAUGACGGGGCCUCGUCGUGGCAGUUCAGCCUCGUUAGCUUCAGGGUUUGUCAGGACACGGCGUCCCAGCAAUCAAAUGAUGGAGCCUCAUCCUGGCAGUUCCGCAUCCCUCGCUUCGGGAUUCAACAGCAUGCGGCGCCCCAGUAACCAGACGGUACGUCGGUUGUCUGACACUCCCCAAGCUAGCCGGACGUCCGUCGCGUCCGAUAGCAGUAGGGGGCGAGGCCUUCGUUGUCUGUACCUCAAGGGCGAGGCAAUGGAAACCAGCCAGAAACUUCAGACUGUAGUAGCGCCCGCGGUACAGGAAGUCAAGUCUCCCAACACAGAAACGGCGAAUUUCCUGCACGCACUCUCCACUUCCUCUGCGGACAACGCUAGGACCUCGUCUCGCGCGACGACGGGCCUUUCUUCCUGGGAAGUGUUCCAGACAAGCGAUUACGAAGCCGAGACAGAGAGCGUUGCUGGGCCCGAGAGCGUCGAAUCGGAAGAGGAGAACGAAGAUUUGACUGCGACCACGACUGUCAAGCGGUCUAGUAUGGACACGGAGCUCAUAGAGCCAUUGACUCCGCGGUUGUUGGAGGCAGAAACGUCCCCUGUCCCCACCGAGUACCGUCCGGGUCAUUAUCCAAACUGGCCUGGUACGAGCAAGCCGCAUUGGGUAAGGGGAAGGGACAUGUGCUUUAAUGAUGACGGUGUGCUGGAGCUUCCGCGGUGAUGAAGGGAUGGUGUACUUCUUUGGGUCGUGUGAUGAUGAGGACAAGACCUCGGUUUCUUCGGGGUGAUUGCUGGCUACAGGGUGUUUUGUUUCUUCGAUACCCUGGGGAAAUGGGUAUAACGGUUUGCAUUGGUUUGCUGGAAUUUUGUGUAGGCACGGGGCACGGAGGCUCAAAAGUCAUGCUUCUAAUUAGGACAAGAUAGUUUAAUGAUUGCUAUGCUUCUUAUUCUUUUCGA